CGGACCUUUCUAGAUAAACAUCUACCUCGUGAUAUCAGUAACAUACACCCCUAUAUCUCCCGUGUCCAAAACUACGUUUCAGAAGUCGGGUUACGUAUCCCAGUGGAAACUACAACAAUGGAGCACUUGAAAGAAGCUAGCGAUUUCAAAAACUUUGACCCAGAAUGGUACAUGCAUAAUUUGAUUGCAUCAGAUGAAGCUGCUGACAACAUGAGGUGUGAUUUCGAUGUCCUUCACAAGUUCUUUAAUGAAUACAACGUGUGCGGUAAGCGAUUAUUGGACGUUGGUACCGGUCCGACAAUUCAUACUGUGAUCUCAGCAAGCAGUCACGUGGACGAGAUCUUUCUCUCUGACUACACUCCACAGAAUCUUCAGUAUCUAGAGAAGUGGCAUAAAGGGGAGAUAAGUCAACCAGCAAAAGUGAUCGACUACGUGCUAAGCCUGGAGGGAGGAACGAGGACUGCAAGCGAAGUAGAAAGUGAAAUAAGGAAAAAGGUUCAAGGAAUCUUACCAAUAGACGUGACGUCUGCUCAACCUCUUGGGAACUUCAAUGGCGAUACACAAUUUGACAUCAUAGUAUCCAGUUACUGUAUUGAAACAGCAGCGUUCACUGUCGAGGAGUACAGAAAAUGUCUUGUAAAUAUAUCCUCCCUUCUCAAGAAAGGGGGGUAUCUGAUCCUGUUUGUUUGUUUGAACGGUGACAGUUAUCAAAUGGGAGACUAUAGAUACCGCGCUCUUUCUAUAACAAAGGACGAGAUACAAUCAACAGUACACAAAGCCGGAUUUGACAUCAAAGUCAACUUUGAAAUAGAGGGGGGUGAUGUUGAUGCCCAAUACCUUAGUUUUGACUCUUAUUAUUAUAUGCUUGCUACGAAAUAACACUGCCGUAUUCUGUUUGCAACAUUUGAAAAAAUACAUUGCAAACUUUUCUGGUGUUAAUAAAUAUAUCUAAUAAGUAUUACUUAUUGUUG